CGGUUGGGAAAAUUCGGACAGUCAGUGAGUCUUCCGGCAGCGAUCGGCGAGUUCGGUUCAUCUUUCGGCGCCUUUGGACGGAGAAACUUUCGAACGUCUUCGGUUGAAAUAGGAGUUGCAUUUCCUGAUUGCCUCUCGGAAAGAUGCACACUCCGGGUCUUCCGUUUCCGGCUAUGUGCUGCUGCUAGUGGUGCAGAUAGUGUUCAUUAUAGUGUUUGGAUUCUGUACGGAAUACUCGAAGGAGCUGCUUCCGAAGAAUGGCACCAAUUUGGAGAUGCAUGAAGGCGCGGCCGUUGAGGAAAAGCCCCUUGCCAAAUAUCCACAUUUCCAGGACAUCCACGUGAUGAUUUUCAUCGGUUUCGCCUUCCUGAUGACCUUCCUGAAGCGGUACGGAUUCAGCGCUUCCGGUUUGAACCUGCUGGUGGGGGCUUUGGUGAUCCAGUGGGCCAUCAUCAUGCGCGGCUGCUACGAAAUGGAAGACGGCAGAAUCCCCAUUUCCUUGGACAAUUUGAUUGGAGCAGAUAUUGCCGCGGCAGCCGUGCUCAUCAGUAUGGGAGCAUUGCUGGGAAGGACGACUCCAAUGCAAUUGUUGGUGAUGGGUAUUUUUGAAAUUGCUCUGUUUGCUGCCAACGAAUACCUUCAGCUGGAAUUGGUGAGGGCAGCCGAUGUGGGAGGAUCGAUCACGGUACAUGCAUUCGGAGCUUACUUUGGAUUGGCCGUCAGUUUGGCAAUGAGACCAUCGAAAGAAGAUGCUAAGCCUGGUCAAAUGGAGGGUUCUUCUUAUAAUUCGGAUAUAUCGGCCAUGAUAGGAACCAUUUUCCUUUGGAUCUUCUGGCCAAGUUUCAAUUCAGCGCUGGUUGAUGGAGCUGAACAGGAACGUGCCAUCAUCAACACCUAUCUGUCGUUGGCAGGAGCAACGGUUACGACCUUCGUCAUCUCUGCCUUGGUUUCCCAUGAGAAGAAGUUCGACAUGGUUCAUGUUCAAAAUUCUACCCUGGCUGGAGGUGUUGCCGUAGGAUCGAUCUGUAACUUAAUCAUUCAUCCUUUCGGAGCACUCUUGGUUGGUGUCAUCGCUGGAGUUAUUUCUGUGCUGGGAUACCGUUUCUUAACUCCUGCAAUGUUGUCAAAUCUUCGCAUAGCCGACACUUGUGGUGUGCAUAAUCUGCACGGAAUGCCUGCAGUUCUGUCGGCGGUGUUCUCUGCUAUCUACUCUUCGCUGGCUACUUACGAAACUUAUGGUAGCUCUUUGACAACCAUUUUUCCAGCUAUGGAGCACAUGAGCAAUACUACGAUGACUCACGAAUACGCAAUCGGGGGCUUCGGACGUACAGCACCCAAACAAGGAGCUUUCCAGCUGAUGGCAAUCGGUCUGACUAUUCUCAUAGCAAUUGUCGGUGGAUUGAUAACAGGAUUCAUCCUGAAGUCGCCCACCAUGCGCCAGUUGGAGAAGGAUGAGCACCACAAGGACGAAGCCUAUUGGGAAACUCCCGCCGAACCGACCAAUAUCACCGUUAUCACCACGAACACCUCCAGCUAGAAAAGGGGCGUUGAAAAAGAUUCAAAAAAAGAAUCACGUUACGACACAACGGGCACAUUUAACUAGCACGAGAUGGAGAAUAGAUUCAUUUCUCAUACCAGGCUAUCUUUUUCACAGCCUUCCAGCGGGAAUGAAAAACGUUCGACAUUAAAUAGUAUUCAAUGUAAAUUUAUACCAAAACGUGUCAUAUGUUGAAAUUGCUUAAAAUGAAUGUGCUAAAAAUGAAUGUUAAUAAAAACAACA